UGUUGAACGCAUAUAGUUGAACGCGGAGCUUCUCUUUUCUUCUUCUCGAGUUAAAUCGUGUCUCAGCAGCUGAAGCGACCCGGGAGAAGUCUGGUCCUUUAGUCCGCUUCACAUGCACACGAGCUAAACUUAGUCCAGGUUGUAGUUAGCGGGUUAGAGGGACUCGUCAUGGAGGUUUCCGCGCCACUCGGCUGUGGCCACCAUGAACUCUGAGAGCGACGUGCUGAUGAAGGAGUACAUCAAGAUGAUGACUGAUAUGAUCGUGCUGUGCGCCACUCUGGCUCUCUCCCUCUUCUUCUGGCUCACCUCCCUCACCAUCAGCUCCUACUAUGGCACACUGCAGCCUGUGUCCCCGUGGCGCUGGUUGUUCUCCAUCCUGGUUCCCCUCGUGGUGACGGUCAGAGCGCUGAAGAGACGCAGCCUGGAUCACUCCGGAGCGCUGGGAGCUCUCCUGGUGGGUUUCGUGUUGACGAUGGCGAACUACAGCUUCUUCUCGUCGCUGCUGGUGUUUUUCAUCACCUCCUCCAAACUGACUCGCUGGGGAGGAGCACAGAAGAAGAAAAUAGACGCAGACUACAAAGAAGGGGGCUCGAGGAACUGGAUUCAGGUCUUCUGUAACGGAGGAGUCCCCACGGAGCUGGCUCUGCUCUACAUGAUCGAGGUGGGUCCGGGUGAGAUCGCCAUCGACUUCGGGAAACAGUACUCGGCCUCGUGGAUGUGCCUCUCGCUCGUGGGCGCGCUUGCGUGCAGCACCGGGGACACCUGGGCGUCCGAGGUGGGGCCCGUCCUCAGCCAAUCAAAGCCCAGACUCAUAACCACCUGGAAGGAAGUCCCUGCAGGAACUAACGGAGGAGUCACGCCCGUCGGACUCGUCGCCAGCUUCCUCGGGGGACUCGCUGUGGGCGUGGCUUACUUUGUGACACAGCUGCUGACGGUCAACAACCUGCACCUGUACGACCCCCAGUGGCCAAUCAUAGUGUACGGGGGUGUGGCCGGGCUGUUGGGCUCCAUGCUGGACUCGUUCCUGGGAGCUCAUCUCCAGUACUCGGGCUUCGACUCGAGCAUCGGGAAGGUCGUGAGUUACGAGUCGGAAACGACGCGGCGGAUUUGUGGGAAACCGAUCUUAGACAACAACGCAGUCAACCUCUUCACAUCCGUGAUCGUCGCCCUCGUCCUGCCUGGGAUGGCCUGGGGUCUGUGGGUGCAGUAAUCAUGAUGUCGGACACAAUCCGUCACAACGACCACAUUCCUGGAGGGCGAUGUCGAUAUGGACGUGUGAAUCAUGUCUGAUAUGGACGCAGUCAGCCGCUCUAUCUAUUUAUUUCAAAUACUUCCACAAUCCCUCCAUGGCUGUGAAAUACUUAAAUAUAAAGUGUAACUGUGACACAUUCAAUUCUCCUAUGACUGUUCUGCCCUGGACAUUUGACCUGGUGUGUGGGGGGGGGAGGGAAAGACAACACGGACACCUGCAGGUUUCCAGAGGUAUCACCGUUUUUAUUUCAGAGUGUCUGAGAGAAAAGGCACUAAACCAAACUGGGAGAGUGACAUUGACUGGGAGGAGGAGCCGUGGAGUCAGGUUCAAAUCAACAUGUAGAAAGUUCACAGUCGCACUAACGCACACACACACACACACACACUGUACUAUCUACACGAUCCAUUAAACACAAGGGUCCGAGUCUGGAGACGUCACAAUGUGUCUUAACAGUUUGGUUUUUGUCCUUUAACCCAACGAUCCUGAAACAAACUGAAGAAAAUCAUGAUAAAAAUGUGAUGUUGAUAUUUUUAAACUCAUGUUUGUUGUAGUGAUCUUCUGAUUAUCUUUGCAACUGUACAUCCUUCAACUGUGGAAGAAAAAAAAUAUCCCACGCAAACUAAAAUAAAGCUUAUACAGCCUUUAAUUUAUUAAAUAAUGA